CCAGAGUGUUGGGUUGCGGGUGCAUGCACGGAUUGGAGGAAGAAAGAACCAUGUUCCCGCUUCAAGGUGGACAGGUCGGGGUGUUGUGGCAUGGUUCGGUCGUGAGAGCCUGCAGCCAGCCAUGUGUGUGUGUUAGCAUGCAUCCAAAGCAUGCCAACCAGCCAGCCUGACAGCAAGCAUGCCAGCCAGCCCAGCGACCAGCUGCGUCUUAGCAAUGCGCACUUGUCCCUCACUUCAAUCACCGAGGUAGAUCAGUCAAUCGCUUGCUCUGCUAUGGGUUCCCUCCCAAGUCUAUGUUACAGAUUCUAGCAAGCAAAGAGUGGAGACAUCGGAUGCGUGUUGCUGUGCCGCGCUGUAUGUACCUUGCCCUCCUAUGCAUACAUACGUGUCGUCAUCGCAACGAACGAAAAAAACAGAAUGCCUGCAAACUACAGUCGGUCCUAAUUCAACAAGUGCUGCAAUGCCAUGUGUACGAGUUUGCCUCGUCGACGCAACGCUUUGGGUGUGUGUGUGAAUGUGUAUGUGCGUGUUUGAAUAUGUGUGUAGGUGUGUGCGGGCACGUGUGUGUAAGUGUGUGUAUGUAUGUGUACGUGCGUGCGUGCGUGUUGGUAUGCAUCCAUGCAUCCGACCUUACAUGGACGCUGUCCAAAGCAAAGUGUUGUGAUGCGCAAGGAUCCUGCAGCCAAACGGCAGCCAAGCAAAACAAGCGAUGCUCAUGGUAGAAAAAGCGAGAUAGAAAU